AUGAGCUCUCUAGAAGUCAGGGCCGACCUCGACCGCAACCUCUAUGGGUACACGCCCACGAAGAGCGUCUGCCUCAUCUUCGUGGUUCUCUUUGCCAUCUCGACCGCCCUCCAUAUGUAUCAGGCGACGCGCUCUCGCGCGUGGUUCAUGAUCCCGACGGUCGUGAUCGCGGGUAUCGCGGAGGUAGUAGGAUGGGUUGCACGGACGAAGUCGUCAAGUGAUCCCUUCAUUCGCAUGGCAUAUAUUAUCCAGACGUCUAUCCUGGUCCUCGCCCCUACGCCCUUUGUCGCCGCGCUGUUUAUUGGCUUCGGACGCGUAGCAGAAAGACUCGGUGGCGAGUACAGUCGUCUCAGCCCCAGAUGGUACUCGCGUAUCUUCCUCACUUGCGAUAUCCUGUCUUUGAUGAUCCAAGGUGGUGGUGGUGGCAUUGCCGCCAGGGCGACCACUGACCCGUCCCAAGCGCGUCUGGGCAGCAACAUCAUCCUCGGUGGUCUGAUUAUCCAAAUCAUCUCGAUGACGACCUUCACCUACUUCAUGUGCGAAUACGCUUGGCGCCGCGCUGCCGACCGCCCCUUCCGCAAGGCGGAGCCGCUCAGCUACACGGAGUCCGCCACCCCGCCCUCCCAGCGCGUCUUGACUAGCCACAUGAAGCAGCUCAUCAUUGGUAUCUGUGUCGCCACCGUCCUGAUCUACAUUCGGUCCGUAUACCGUGUCAUUGAGUUCGCCGACGGCUUCGACGGCUCGAUUGCGCAUACCCAGGUCCUCUUCAACGUCUUCGACGGCAUGAUGGUCACGCUCGCCAUGUACACGCUCAACGCCAUGCACCCCGGCAUCCUCCUGAAGAAGACCGCCGCCGACGCGGCCUACGCGCUCGCGGACCGCAGCGGCGCGUCUUUUUCGCAGCGCACCUCGCCGACGGUGCACACCUCGUUCGGCGGCUUCCGCGACUCGAAGUGAGGCCCCCGCGCCCCGCAGUGUUGGGCCCCGAGACGGCUUACGCGGGCGCGGCCGUAGGCUGGGGCAGGCGCUUCGGAACGGACGGCUUCUUCAUCAUUUUCUUGUACGCUACGACCAUAGUGACGGUGCUGAGGGCGGCUGCCUCACGGUGCUACGGUUACUAUAUGCGGCUCUAAUCAUUGGACUUCUUACGUUCCUUCCCGGUUGUUAGCCUGACGAAAUCUA